GCAAGCGCGGACAGAGCCGAAGUGAGCGGCAAGAGAACCGAGCAAGCUCGUAGACGGAACCGACCAACCGAACGACCAGAGAGAUAGAUCCGAGCGGGAUGCCAGACAGUUUGUCAGUUUGACAGUUUCACCACUGAGCGAAUAUUGAUCCCGCCAUAAGAAGCAGGACAAGAAGGUAUGCAACGGCCGCUUUUAAGGGCUUCGUCUUUCCUCCUUUUGGGUAUCGUCCUGACUACUUUUAUCAACUAUAUACUUCACAAUAACAAGGAGCAGUCUUUUAGCUCUUGUCAAGAUGACAGUGACUGGGAUCUUAUCAGCAUACAACCUCAGGACAAUAUCACUGAUUCGUGUAAAAAAAGCAGGGAGAAAAACAAUAAACUAACAGAAGUUUGUUCUCCAGUAUGGAAAAAUGAUAUUCAAAUAAUCAACAACAAGAAACAUCAGAAAAACAAUCCCCAGACUUGUCAAGACUGCAGGGUGAAAAUAGAAGAAAUGCUUACGAUUUACUCAAAACCGUGGGUUAAAAACAAAGAAAAGCAUGAAGAAAUGAGGACUUGGCUCAGCCGUAAGUGCAGGGGUCUGGAGAACGCCAUCAUAACCCAGAAAAACACUCCACUGGGAUCAAUAAUUGUCUACGAUGCUGAGAAGAGGCAUAAUGUCAAAGUGAACUCACAAAUCUUUGACACAUUUGUCAAAAAGCAUCCAGUCUUUAAUAAAAUGUUGCAUUCAUGUGCUGUUGUCGGGAACGGAGGAAUCCUGGCAAACAGCAGGUGUGGAAAUGAGAUUGACUCAGCUGAAUUUGUGAUCAGGUGUAACCUGGCUCCUUUGUUAAACGGAUAUGAGGAACAUGUUGGGGUGAAAACAGACAUUGUGACAGCAAACCCGAGCAUUUUAUCUAAAAGGUACGGCUCGCUUUUAGGACGUCAGCGCAGGUUUGCGGAGAGUCUGGUUCAAUAUGGCAACGCCUUACUGCAGCUUCCUGGAUUCCAGGUUUUCUUCACCAUUGAGGACUCUAAGUUGUCCAUCCAGUCUGCCUUCAUAAACCCAAAGUACCUGCAGAGUCUGGCAGUUUUUUGUCUCUCUCACGGAUUGAAGGGAAAACGUCACAGCUCGGGUCUUAUGAUGGUCAAUCUGGCGCUGGAGCUUUGUGACAAUCUGGAUCUGUAUGGAUUCUGGCCUUUCAGUUUCCACCCAGAAAGCUUCCAAAACCUGACUUACCAUUAUUAUGACGACGUGAAAGCUAGAAACAAAAUGCACGUUAUGUCAGAUGAAUUAAAUUUUUUGUUGCAGUUGCACAGCCAAGGUGUGCUGAAACUGCAGCUGAGGAAAUGUGGACCUGAGGAACAGACAAAUUUUAUGUAGUUGCUUGAAAAAUGUUUACACGUCGAGGAGUGAUGGGUAUUUUCACUCUUAAACGUGAUAUUCUGCACAGCAGGGGACUGAAGACCGUCUCUGCUCUGAAACGUAGCAGAAAAGUGAGAGCAAGCAGGCAGAAGCAACAGCAGGGAAUGAAAUACAGAAGCUGACAACUUCUUUGCACCACCCAAAUUGGUGAUGCACAUUUGAUAAGUUCCUUGGGCUUUCAAUUCCUGAACCUUCAUGCAGGUCACUUCAUUAAGUCCUGCAAAGAAUGAUGUCUAUUUUAUUUAUUGUCAAGAAAAAGCCAAGAAAAAAAGCCAAACCAAAGAAUGUUAUCCUCACUAUGCACCACAAAACAUCUAAAAUGUUACAUAUUUUUGCAGUUUGUCUCUAACUCAGGUGCUGUUGGAAAGUUUCAUACCAGUAGUCAAAAAUUAAUGAUAAUAAUUUGGAUUGUUUAGUUCACGAACUAAAUAUUUAGGUGCAAGCUAAGUAUUUAAUUUGAAGAUUUUUUUUUCUUUACAAACUAAAUAUUUAGCUCCAAAUAUUUUGCUGGUAAGCAAGCUCAAUAUAGUUUGAAGCAAAAAUAUUUAGAUAAUAUGCAAACUAGUCAACCGAUAACUGGAAGUGCUCUAUCCUAAUAAAAGCUGGAUCUGCAGAUGUUGAUGCAUUUAGCGAAAAGCUAAAUUAAUUUUUCUUGUUAAUUGAGUAUUGAAUUUGAAAUUGUGCCAUCUAUAAAUGAAUAAAAGACAUCAUGAAAACA